UCCAAAGUCUUCAUUCUCAUCCAAGCAUAGCAAAAUCAUUCAUCAUUAUAACAUUCCAAUCUACUUUCUCAUCUUCGAAAAAUUCUUUACUGAUCUUAUAGCCUUCAAAAUGAUUAGUACUAAGAAGCUUAUCAAAAUGGCAAGGAAAUGGCAAAGAUUAGCAGCUGCCGGAAGAAGGAGAAUUUCUUGGUCAAGAGCAGUGGCUGAGAAGGGUCACUUUGUUGUUUAUACAAGUGACAAUAAACGGUUUAUGAUUCCUUUGAAUUAUCUUAAGAGUGAGAUGUUCAUAGAGCUCUUAAAAAUGGCAGAGGAAGAGUUUGGAGUAACAAGUUCAGGGCCAAUUACGUUGCCUUGUGAUUCAAAUUUCAUGGAGUACGCGAUCUCUAUGAUCCAAAGACACGUUGCUGAGGAGUUGGAGCAGGCACUAAUCAUGUCCUUAGCCACUUGUAGAUACUCUUCAUUGUCAAAUGACCACCAAGAUCAGACUAAUCAACAAUUAGUCAUCUGUAGUUUCUAGAAACUUCUCCUCAAUCUUUUUGUAGAUAACAUAUAGUUGUACAAUUUUACUGAGAUAGUUAAUGAAAUUUCUAUGAAAGU